AUGCUUCUUGUUAUAAUCGCAGCAGCAUUAAUUAUUGGUAUAACAGUAUGUUAUUUAAGAAGUAUUACAAUAGCUUUAAUGAUUGUUAUUGGUGCUGCAUUAUCACUUGGUGUUAGUUAUUUUGUAUAUCGUGUAAUUUAUAAUAUACCAAUAUUUCCAUUUAUGAAUUUAAUGUCUGCAUUUAUAUUAAUUGGUAUUGGUUGUGAUGAUAUAUUUGUAUUUUUUGAUACAUGGGAUCAAGAAAAAAUAGAAUGGUUAAGAAAAUAUCAAGAUAAACAACCAUCUGAUAAUGAAGAUAUUUUAUUAAAUCAUACAAAUACACAUGAUGGUGUACCUUCAAAUCAAAAAGUAAAACCAAGUAAAUUAAAACGACCAUCAAAUGCAUUUCAAUCUCGUCAUCGAUUAUGUUUAUUUAAAAAUCCUGAAGAAAUUCGUAAAUUAUUAUUACAUGAAGAAGCAUUAAUAGAAAUCAUGUCUAAUACAUUAAAACAUGCUGGUUCAUCCAUGUUUGUUACAUCAUUUACAACAGCAGCGGCUUUUUUUACAAAUAUGCUAACAAAUAUAUCAUUUGUACAAGUAUUUGGAGUUUUUACUGGAACAUGUAUUUUACUUUAUUUUGUUAUUACAGUUACUGCCAUUGCUGCUUUUGCUGUUAUUUAUGAAAAAUAUAUUCAAGAUAUAAUGACUCGUGUAUUUUCAAUAUGUUGUGCUGAUGCUGUUAAGAAAUCAUCAAAUAGUGCAGCAUCAAAAUUAUGUCGUCGUUGUUCAUUAACUUGUAAAGAUUUUCGAAAUUAUCUUUUUGGUCAUCUUAUACCAUCACUUAUUAUUAAUCUACGUUAUGUUUUCGUUUUACUUUUUUUUCUUCUGGGUCUUGUUGCUGUUUUCUAUUAUCCUAAAUUACAAGUACCAUCAACACAAAAAGUUGCUUUCUUCUUAAAAGAUAAUCCAAUGGAAAUCUAUGAAUUUUCAAUGAAAACUCAAUUUAAUGGUUAUUCAAAAGAAGAUAAACGUUUAUUUGCUUAUCCAGCUGUUUCAUUUAUAUUUGGUAUACGUGAUAUUGAUGAUGGUUAUAUAUUUGAUAUGAAUGAUCGUGGUCAUUUAUAUUUAAUGCCAAUUCAUUUAAAUCAACAUAAUACACUUGAAUUUUUUAAAAAUUUUAUAACACAUUUAGGAACGCGAAAAGAUUUAUUUACUUCAAAUUAUGAUUUAGAAAAAGAUUUUGAAUCAUUUUAUCAGCUUACAACAGAUAAUAUUUUAAUAACUAAAGUUGCUGAUGAUCGAGCUAAAUUAAAUGUAUCAAAAACAAGUCAUAUAAAUAUGAUUAAAUAUAUAAGAAAAGUAAAUAAAAGUUUAAUAGAUAAUUUAAUUUCGGAUACAGUACGUACAAUUGAUUAUAAAAUUGAAAAUGAUCAAUCUAAUCAUGACGAUUACAUUGAAAGAAAAUUUGAUCAAAUUAAUUUAACUAUUCAACAUAGUUAUGAUUUUAAUGAAAUUCGAAUAUCUAUGAAAGGUACAUUACGUGAUACAUUAACUGAAGAAUAUCAAUGUUCAGCAUUGAAAACAGCUAUGCAGUGUUUAACAGGUGCAGCCGGUGCUAAUAAUGUACCAGCUGAUUUUUGUGAUAAACAACUUACUAAACAACGAUCAUUUAAUUGGGCAGUUUUACCUGAUAAACCAUCGCCAAUUGAUGGAAGUGUUCGACCAUUUGCAGUUAUGAUUACUAUUCGAGGUGCUCACAAUCGUACGGAGUAUGAUUCUUACAAUAAAUAUUAUCUCCAAAUAAAAAAUUUCUUUGAUCCAUAUAUAAAACAAUAUGCACCAGAACAUUUAAAGCAUGCUUGGUUUUCUUCGCCAGGUUUUGCAUUUUAUGGUAUUCAACGUGAAUUACUAGUUGGCUCGUAUACCUCUCUUCUAGCAUCACUUGGCAUUGCUUUAUUAGUACUAUUUCUUACAUCCGGCAAUUUAUUUAUUGCAGUCUAUGCAUUAUUUACUAUUACUUUUGCUAUUGCUGUUAGUGUUGGUAUAUUUGCUGUAUUAGAAUGGGAAUUAGGCAUUGUUGAAGCUAUUAUUGUUAUUAUGUCUGUUGGUCUAUCAGUAGAUUUUGUUGUUCAUUUUGGUGUUGGUUAUAUUCAUACAGAUUCAAAAGAUAUUGAUAAUGAAAGAAAAAAAGUUGAAAAUUUUUAUUUAUUACCAACACCUAUAUCCAAUGAAAAUGAUCAUGAUUAUAAAAAAAGCAAUUGGCGUGUUAUGUAUAAAGAACAACAAGUUGAACGUGAAACACGUGUAACAGAAUCGGUAUCACGUGUUGGUUCGGCUGUAUUCAUGGCUGCUUUUACAACAUUUGCUGCUGGAUUUUCAAUGACACUUUCAUCACUUUGUGCAUUUCGACAAAUGGGACAAUUUUUAAUGACAAUAAUGUUAACAUCAUGGGGUUUUGCAAUGUUUUUCUUUUUACCAUUAUGUGCUAUUAUAGGUCCAGUUGGUACUUGUGGUUCAAUUCCAUUUUCACGAAUUAUUCAAUGUUUCAAACGAACUCCGUCUCAAAGCUAA